CUAGAGAGGAAGCGGAAAUGCGUGUACGGUAUUAAAGGCGUCGCCCCACCCCCUGCGUGCCUCUUUCCGUCUCCGGCCGUAGCAGCGAGAGGAGUCGCCGCCAUGUCCGCGCACCUGCAGUGGAUGGUCGUGCGGAACUGCUCCAGCUUCCUGAUCAAGAGGAACAAGCAGACCUACAGCACCGAGCCCAACAACCUGAAGGCCCGCAACUCCUUCCGCUACAACGGGCUGAUCCACCGCAAGACGGUGGGCGUGGAACCGGCGGCCGACGGCAAGGGCGUCGUGGUGGUCAUGAAGCGGAGGUCCGGCCAGCGAAAGCCAGCCACUUCCUACGUGCGGACCACUAUCAACAAGAACGCCAGGGCCACGCUCAGCAGCAUCAGGCACAUGAUCCGCAAGAAUAAGUACCGCCCCGACCUGCGCAUGGCUGCCAUCCGCAGGGCCAGCGCCAUCCUGCGUAGCCAGAAGCCCGUGAUGGUGAAGAGAAAGCGGACCCGCCCCACCAAGAGCUCCUGAGCCCUCUCCCCAGAAGCAAUAAAGAGUCCGCUGCCUGCCUCAGUC